AUGCGCGCGACGCCCGCGCUCGAACGCCGAGCGCUCUCCUCCCUCGGCGCGUCCUCUAGGACGUCGAUUGGUGCCGUGACGCGCGCCGGAAGAUUCGGCCCAUCGUCGCGGGUGCCCCACGCGCGGUCGCCCCUUCGCGCGCGCGCGGGCGACCGCGACCGCGUGCCCGACGGGGACAAGAACAGCCGCUACUACUCCGAAUCCGCCGCGGGCCCCGCCGAGCUCGACUCCCUCCUCGAGCUCUACCUGUCCAAGUGCCGCAGCAACGCCGCCGCCGACGCCGCGCGCGCCGCGCUCGAACGGCCCUCCGCGGAGCCGUCGCCCGCGUCGAUCCCCCCGCGAGGUCCGAGCGCCGGCAAGGUUUACCUCAUCGGCACCGGCCCGGGCGACCCCGGGCUCCUCACGCUGAAGGCGUACCACCUCAUGCAGACCGCCGACGUCGUCCUCUACGACCGACUCGUCUCCCCGCAGAUCCUCGACCUCGUCUCCACAAACUCCACCAUGCUGUACGUCGGCAAGCAAUCCGGGUACCACACCCGAACGCAGGACGAGAUCGAGGCGAUGAUGCUCGCGUUCGCGGCGAACGGCGCGACGAUCGUCAGGCUCAAGGGCGGCGACCCGCUCGUGUUCGGCAGGGGCGGCGAGGAGAUGGAGGCGCUCGCCGCGCGGGGGCACGAGGUGCGCAUCGUCCCCGGCAUCACCGCCGCCGCGGGGGUUGGUUCGGAGCUCGGCAUCCCGCUGACCCACCGAGGGGUGGCGACGUCGGUGCGGCUGCUCACGGGGCACCUGCGCGAGGGCGCCGCGAAAGAGGCGGCCAGCGGCGACGGCAACGCGGUCGCGGACGCCGUGGACUUUGCCGUCACCAGCGCGGACCUCGACACCACGCUCGUCGUGUACAUGGGCCUCGCCACGCUCCCGGCGUUGGCGGCCAAGCUGCUCGCGUCCGGCUUCCCCGCCGAUACUCCCGCGGUGGCGGUGGAAAGGGGAACCACGCACCUCGAGCGGCGGGUGUUCAGCACCAUCGAAAACCUCCCGGCGUCCGUCGCGACGUGCGGGUUGAAAUCCCCCACGCUGCUCAUCGUCGGGGCGACGGUGAAGUUGUCCCCGUGGUGGCCGUGGCGAGACCGAGCGGGCGACGCCGUCGCUCCGCCGAGCGCUUCCCCGGCGUACGACCUUCAGACGGGUUUGCCGUCCGAGGACACGAGGGAGUGGUUCACGGAGCACUCGCGGACGCUCGGGAAGCUCCGGGAGAUGGGAAAAGGGGUCGAGGAACCCUCGGAGGAGGGAGACCCGUCGCCUGCGCGGUGA